AUGGCUCCAGAUCCGCGUCCAGGCUGCUCGUUAUCCAAUCCCAUUAAUGUGGACGAUUUGGACGAUGUUGAUGCUGUUGACCACGGAGCUGCUGGCAGAGAGGCAUCUCCCGAAAUGACAGCAUUCCCUUUAAUGCCUGAGGAACCUCCACACGGCCUUCCCUUGGACGUCUUUCCGGACGAUGACCAGGAUACUGUGGCCACGGAAGUUGCAACCUCGCCUCCCACUCUCACUGACGUCGUGGCUGAGGGAAAUUUCCACGGCCAACCCCCAGAUAUUGAGGGGGGUCAGGAGCAAGAAACCACAGACUCAAGCAUCCAUCCUGACUCUAUCAAUGCCGCCAUCAUUCACGGCGACUGUAGGUCUCGAGGAUCCUCUGUCGGCAUCCCCCAAGGCAAUGAUCCUGUCCAUCCUGUCCACUCCUUCCCGCCGAACGAGGUCCAGGAGUCUGCCGGUAUACCUAGGCCUGCCACUAGCAACUACUCUGGUUGCAAUGCAUCAGGCUCGGCAGCAGUAGAAAGCUCGGACGCACUUAGCAUCUUCCAUACGUUCGCAUCUCGCUUUUGUCCAACAUGGAAGAUCAUUGAGGGUUAUCCAGACAGAAGUGGUUAUCUUGACGUACGAUUGCGAAUUCCUUACGCUGGGCCGCGAAAGAGGUCUGCCGCCGAACCUGAGCCUGCUGCGGAUGGCGGGACUGGUGAGAAUUCUGGGCCUGGCGAGGGUUCUGGGCCUCAGCUCCGAAGAUCGAAAAGGACUAAAAUGCCAAAACAUCAGAGUUGA